ACAGGCAGCGAGUGAGUCAAGCUGUCAGCGGAGGGCGUAAUUAAUUUGCUUUUGUAUUCAUUUUUCUUAUCAAAUCAUUAAUUAAUAUAUCGGUUCCCCGUACAAUGUUUACGGCGAUAACGCGUGUUUAUGUAUAAAAUAGGAGUUUCCCUGUGUUCUUAUUAGAGGGCGGGUAACAUUCGCGUAAAAUGGGUGCGCUACAUCACACGUGUUUACUUAUUCUGGUCUUAGUGACUCUGUUUGCUAAAGAAAUAUCGCCACGCACUGUGGAGAAGGAUGAAGAGUUAUUCCAGUCAAAACCUCAGUAUACAGGCUCUUCGGAACUGGAGAAAGUGUUCGGCGAUUUAGUAAAAUCGUACCCGGAACUGGCGAAAGUAUAUUCUAUAGGGAAGUCGGUUGAAGGGCGCAAGUUGCUGGUGAUCCAGAUCACGAAAGAUGUGGGUCAGGUCCAUGAGACCCGGCCCUCGUUUAAGUAUGUGGCCAAUAUGCACGGAGACGAAUCCGUGGGGCGGGAGUUGGUGAUAGAUUUGGCCAAAUAUCUGCUGACGAACUACGGCAAAGAUGACAGAGUCACGUCGCUGGUGGACAACACAGAUAUUCACUUGAUGCCGUCUCUGAAUCCUGAUGGCUUUGACAGUAGUAAGGAGGGCUGUGAAUCCUUACCAAACUUCGUCGGUCGCAACAACGCGAACGGGGUUGACCUCAACCGGGACUUUCCCGACCAAUUCGACGCGGAUCGCUCUGAUGACGAGGAGUACCUCUUCGGCCACCGACAGCGGGAGACGGUGGCUCUGAUGAAGUGGGUCAUGGGCAAGCGGUUUGUGCUGUCUGGCAACCUGCAUGGUGGAGCGGUGGUUGCGAGCUAUCCUUAUGAUGAUUCUAUCACCGGUCGCGACUGCUGCGUAGAGAGCCUGGCACCAGAUGAUGCAGUGUUCAAACUCCUGGCACAAACCUUCGCGUCCAAGCACGAGGAUAUGAGGAAGGGCACCACCUGUCCACCAGAUAACUUUACCGAUGGAGUCACUAACGGCGCCGACUGGUACUCUGUUAAAGGAGGCAUGCAAGACUUCAACUACCUCCACGGGGACUGCUUCGAGGUGACCUUCGAAUUGUCCUGCUGCAAGUACCCGGCGGCGUCCGAGCUGCCGCGCUUCUGGGAGGUCAACCGCGAGCCGCUGCUGGCCUUCAUGCAGCACGCGCAUAUGGGUGUCAAGGGACACGUGGUGGACCAACACGGGGAGCCGGUCAAGCACGCCAUCGUGCAAGUGGAAGGCAUCAACCACCCGGUGAAGGUGACAGAGCGCGGCGUGUACUGGCGUCUACUGCUGCCUGGAGUCUACAACGUGUCUGCUUCAGCUAUGGGGUACGACUCAGAACCGGUGACCAUCACGGUGCCCCCGCUGGGAGUCGAAGCCCUGACCGUGAAUCUCACGCUGACCCGCCGCGAGGAUGAGCAUGAGAGGAAGCCGCGUCACGACCUGGACGGCAUUUCAGCUCUGGACUUCCAGCACCACGACUUCAAGAGCAUGGAGAAGUACCUCCAGGAUCUGCACGAGAAGUAUCCGGAGAUCACGGUGCUAACUAGCAUUGGGAAAUCCGUGGAGGGACGGGAGCUGUAUGUGCUGGAAGUUACGAAGAACCCUGGGAAGCAUUUGCCUGGCAAGCCCGAGUUCAAAUACGUGGCCAACAUGCACGGCAACGAGGUGGUUGGACGCGAGCUUCUGCUCGAGUUGGCCAAGUUCCUCUGCUACCAGUACUAUGCGGGAGACGAGAGGGUGCAGCGUAUACUGAACACCACACGAGUGCACCUCAUGCCUAGCAUGAACCCGGAUGGCUACGAGAAGUCUAGAGAAGGCGAUUACAGCAGCAUGCGAGGCCGAGCCAAUGCCCACAAGGUGGACUUGAACAGAAACUUCCCCGAUCAAUACGGGCCUACAAAGGACAACAUAUUCCCCGAACCAGAGACAAUAGCAGUGAUGAAUUGGUCGUUGUCUAUUCCUUUCGUGUUGUCCGCGAACCUUCACGGCGGCGCCCUCGUCGCCAACUACCCGUAUGAUGGCAACCCUGACAUGAAGACGGGCGUGAAGUCCGCCUCGCCUGACGACCCUGUGUUUAUGCAUUUGGCUCAUGUUUAUGCUGACGCUCAUAAGAAGAUGCAUCUAGGGCAGCCCUGCAAGAACUUGAUAGACGAAAAGUUCCCCGGAGGCAUCACUAACGGCGCACAGUGGUACGUGCUAGCGGGAGGCAUGCAGGACUGGAACUACCUACACACGAACGAUAUGGAGCUGACAUUAGAAUUAGGCUGCUACAAGUUCCCGCCGGAAUCUGACCUGCCUACUUACUGGGAGCACAAUAAGGACGCGCUGCUGACGUAUAUUGAACAGGUCCAUAAAGGAGUCCACGGCUUCGUCCACAGCCACAUCGGCAGUGCGCUAGCCAACGCGACCAUCGCCGUUGAAGGCAUCCGGCACACUGUGCGUUCAGCGGUUGACGGAGACUACUGGAGGAUACUGCUACCAGGGACUUAUAACGUCACUGCCAGUCGUAGUGGGUACGAAAGCGUUACGGAAGAAGUGACCGUCCCACCCAAUGGAUCCGUCAGCCUUAACUUCACGCUCAUGGCUAUCGACCCCCAGCACUGGUCAUCGGCGUAUGACUUCCGCGUGCUAGAGAACAUAAUCAACACGCGGUACCACUCUCGCCUGGAGGCCUACGAGUUGCUCUCGGAGCUGGAGAACAAAUUCCCGGACGUAGCGGAGUUCCGAGCUGGAGACAGCCUGACUACGUCGAUGUUCCAUGAGCUGAAGAUCACUGACCAGGUCGGUUCGCCCGAAGAGACCAAAUUCCACAUAGCUAUCAUCAGCAGCUUCUACGGCUCAGAACCUCUAGGACAGGAGAUGCUCAUCAACUUUGCUCGGCACAUAGCCAACGCCUAUUCCAUAGGAGAGCCUCUCCACAAACGCUUGCUAAACACCACCGUACUACACUUCAUCCCCAACAUUGAUGUACUAGCUGAAAAAGUCAUAAAACAGUAUGAUGGAUCCAGCAAAUGUGAGAUUGAUACUUUAGAAGAAGGCUUUGGAGACAGCCUGUAUAGCUACAUAACUCAAAGCAACAAUAAUCCCUUAACGAACUAUACUAGAGAGAAGUCCUUUGUGGAGCUGCUAAAGAGUGAAAAGUUCGAUCUGGUGCUGGAACUGUCUUCGGGGAACGAGGAUGUGGCGUAUCCCGAAAUGUCGAAGGAGAUAUAUGAGAAGUUCGCGAGGGUCUACCAGGAUAACAGGACGCCUAGUGACAAGUACGCGUGUGUGGCGUCGAAUGAUAAUGAGAUACACGGAGCCCUAAUCGACACGCUGCUAGAGAAACUCGACACGCCGGUGAUAUCUGCGGGCCUGAGCUGCUGCCGCAUGCCCGAGGCGAGGGACAUCGCGUGGGUGUGGCGGGACAACCUGCAGAGCGUCAUGAGCUUCGUGCAGCAGGCUGACACUGGUAUAAUGGGCUACGUAAAGAACGAGCUAGGCGCUCCGAUGCGCGAGGCCACAGUCUCUGUGGAGGGCGUGGCGAAGCCCUACCGCGUGAGCGCCAACAUGGCGCACUUCCGGCUCAUGCUGCCGCCCGGGGAGUACCGGGUCGUGGUCCGUUGCCACAAGUAUGAGGACCAGGCUUUCACAUGGCGCGUUGUGGAGAAAGUGGUGAAGCAUAAAGACGUGGUGCUGCAUCGUGUGAACUCGGAGCACCUGCCUGGAGGACAGUUCAGCGAGCUGCCACUCCCUGUGCCGGUGGAAGUUGACCCUAAUACCAUCUACGUCACCGGCCUAGCCCUGGACAUCAACAGCCAGCCGCUUCCCAACGCGAUCCUGACCAUCUUCCCGCUGAAGACGCUUAAGCCAGUAGCCACCAAUACCAGCGAUGCCGCCGGGCACUUCGCUGUGCGUCUACCAGUCACCUACUUGGGAAAGGAAGUUAGAAUGACCGCGCGCGCGUCAGGAUAUAUUACCAGGGAGAAACACGUGCCGAUUAACGAGAACGACAACGUGACGCCGAACAUACUGUUCAAGUUGGAAAAGGACGACUAUGUUCUCGGCAUGCCGCGGCUGGUUUUCGUCAUGUUGGCGGGUGUGGUGGGUGUUUGCGUGGUCACUCUCGGUGCCUGGUGUUUGAGCUGCCGCCAGCGCGCGCGUGACUCGCGCAAAGACUACUUGUUCACGCAACUACCCUCGGAUGAUAAGAGGCCGCUGUGUGCUGACGAUAACUACGAGAUUGUACGUAAACCGUACUACGAUGAGGAGGACCUACCGCCCUCCGAAACGGACUCUGAGGACGAAGUGGUCCUCCUGCGCUCCGACCGCGACUGGAAGUCCACUGAGUGAGCCAGCGACCACCAGCCCUGUUCUUGAAGCAUUCUAAGCUUCAACUUGCGCUCAAUAGUUGGCACCACUGGCUAUCUUACUUGCCUGUGGCGCCAACAUGGUGGUGCAAAUGCAAUAGUCCUACCGCUUCAGCGCUCACCAGUUUGCGCCACUAUCGAGUGACAGGACUUGAUAAUGGCGCAUAAGCGCCUGCCUACUCAUCCCAUGAUUAGAUAAAAAAAAUAUGAUCCGGCUUCUAACAAACCAUCAGAAUGUGACAAUCCUAUCUAUCAAUUUAGUUAGGUCAGAAAAUCGUAUACGAUAUGGAAUUUCAAUGCUUCAAAAAUAGGGCUCCAGGAGUUAUUCCCGGCUGCUGGGAGGUCAGAAACUCUUCUACAGUUAAUUCGAGUCAGUAAACUGUCAUUGACAGACUUCAGUCGGACUGUAAUGAGGGCUAUUGUUAUAUCGCUCACCAGUUAGCGCCACAGUAGAGUAAGGUCCAGUCACUCGCCAGUGGUGCCAACUGUCAAGUAUAAAAACGAUAACCCUCAUUGCAAUAGUAAUACAGUAAAUAGAUGGUGCGAACAACUUCUAGGCGGAAAAUAGUCUGACUUAUCAUUUUAUAGUGCGUCAAAAAAUUCUGAAUAUUUGGCAUAUUUCAUCAAAUGAAUUUAAUACUCUAUCAAAAGAAACUGUUUUAAAAAUGAAGUCUGAGUUUAAAAAUGUUUUAUUACUAUAGAGGCACUAUCUUGGUAGGCUUUUAGUACAAUAUAACUAUCGUAUGGGGACCAAGUCUCAUAGUUUUAUUCAGAAUCGGCCUAAAGGAACCAUAAUUAUUGACGGCAAUUUACACCUUAAUGUCAUAGACAAAAGUUAUUGUGGUUAAUGUAAUGACUUUUUUAACUAAUUAGCUUAUUCAACUAUCUUAUUUAAAAGCUGAAGUUUCUUUGAUUUUUUAAAUAUUAGUUUGUAGAUUUUGUUCCUUUUCUGUGGUACAUCCACUUCAUAACAUUUUUGUCGCGCUUUACUUUUAUAAUAAUUAUUUAUUUCUUAAAAUUUUACUACAUUCCUCUUCCAGUAUUAUUGAUUUGAAAAUGUAUUUUGAAAUUGGCUAUAAAACUAUUUUUAUAUGGAAUUUAUAUUCUCAUGGAGUCAAGUUUAAUAUUUCUAUUUAUUUUUUAUUAUGUACUAAAACUGCAUCAAUGGACUUUAAAUAUAUCCCUCCAAUAUUUACUCGACUGCCAAAAUGAGUGAUAUUGAAUUUUGGUGCAGUUUUUUACGACUAGAUAUUAAUAAAUUAAAUUAGUGACUAAACUAUCUAUUUAACUAUCUUCUAUAAAUAUUUUUAACUGUGUUGUGUUUAAUGUUGUAAUGUAUGGCUUUAGUGAUAUCUUAUUGCAUAUUGUAUAAAUCAUAGAUCUCUUGUAAACGUGACGACAGUAUUAGAAUCCAUAGUACUCGCAGUUUCAAAACAGAAAGAGAAUGAAAAUAAUUAGUGAGAGGCAAGACAAGUGAAUACACCUCUCGCUUGAACAUUUAUUAAGGUGUGUAUGAAUUUAUGUGGAGUUAAACGAAGCUCAGAUGCGCACCAGUGGAAAUGCACUCUUACAAUGUGAGAGCGAGAUAUGUACAACUGUCUCUUUCUACGAUAUACUUCCUAAUCUUUCGUAAACCAAUUUUGUGCAUUUCGCAUAUUGUAAUUUAUAGUACUUGAUCAAUGAUUGAUCAAUACCUACUGUCCCUAACUUUUACAUUGCCUCAUCUAUAGAUUUUAAUCAAAAUUAUUUCCUAUUUAGCUUGUUAUUGUAUUUUAAUACUAGCUACUAUUUAUUUUUCAUUAUAAUUUACAUCAAACGUUGUGAAUAAUCUACUAUAAAUUAUUUAUUGCGAAUUUACUGCAUGUGGUAUUCUCCAACACAUUCCUAUUUAUUUUGCUUUGUAUAACUUUAUGGAUUUUAUUAUUAGAUAUCAUUAUACGAACAUAAACAAUGUGCCUUAUUCAAAAGCAAUACUUAAAUGAUAUUGUUUAUUUAUUAUUUUCGCGAAUUUAUAUUAUUGAAUCUCUUCCUUUUUAUGACCCAUUUAUUAGUUUCAUAAAAAUAUACCGAAUUCACACAUUUUGAAUUAAAUAUCAUUUGUGUUCGUAUCUAUUUUUGUUUUUACAAAUUAUACAUACAUAUUGGUGCUCUUUUUAACGUUUUACACAAGUUUUAGAGAAGAUAUUAUAGACUGUUGUGAUAAUUCCAUAUUGAUUUUGUAGUAGUUUAAUGUUUUAAGCAAUAAAUGUAGUUUUAUUUGGC